AUGGGAACCGGAAUACCUUUAAAAGAAGAGCGUUCAGAACCAAGACAAUUCAGAAGACGUUCAAAGGUAUCUGAAGACAACAGAGAAUCUGGAGUCAAACUGAAUAAUGAGAGGAAUCCACUUACCCCAAAACCAAGAGAGCCCACCUUACUCGAUCUUCUUCCAGCUCAAACCUUCCUUCUCAUCUUCGGCCUGGCCACAUCCAUUCCUUAUGUUUUUGGAAAACGUCCUCGAAGUGUUACGACACCGGAACCCUAUGCUUACAAAGACUACAACAACCCGGAGUUUGCCGAGUUCGAAGAGCCAUCCCGGGAGGAACUUUCUGAUUUGAACAAACUCAGAAAUCUGAGAGUUCUGGAAUUCUACCAAGCACUUGAUGAACUCUAUUUGACUGGAGGAUUCGAGAAAUCUGGAACAAUCAACCGCAUCAUUCUCUCUCAAUCGGAAAUUCCAGAUGACAUCUAUCAAAUUUUGAUUGAAACUCUGAAAUCGACACGACAAGAACUGAAGAACGGGGAUGCAUCACUCUCGGAAAUCGACUAUCAAUUGGAUGAACAGACUUCGGAAGUCGCCAAGAAUCUACUGUCUGCUGUCAAAAAAGCCAUCAGAAACACCACGGAGACUUAUGAUUCUCAAUCGGAUUCUUUCAUUGAAAAAAUCUCGAAAAUCGAGUUGAAUUCACCCGAAGACUUGAAACAGAUCAAUCUCGGAAACGGAGAAAUCUCAAAACAACUGGCUGAACUUUUGGAGAAAUUGAAGGCUGAAAUCUCACCGAAAGAUUUCAAAAAGAUCAGUGAAGCCACUCAAAAUGCAUUCGAUUCUGGAGUCGGAGGAGUGGAAGAUGUCAAAAAUACAGUGGUUGGAGGAGCAAGACUCGUCUAUAAUAUGGGAUUGAAUAAUGCAAAACUGAAGUGUCGAGAGAUUCAGAAGGCAGUGGAGAUGGAUUCUGACUUCAAGAAACGUCUGGAAGCUGGUAAUGAGAUUGUUAAGAGAUUGAAUAGGUCAGAAGAUUCUGGGUCUUCGGGAUACAAACUUCUCUUCAAAGCCUACUUUGACAAGACUGCUCCUCGAGGAAAUAUGAUUUUCCUUCCUGGAAAACUGAUGAAAAUUCAAACAAUGACACCAUUAUUCAACGAAUUGGUGAAGCUAGACAACGCUGAUACAAUCAUUAAAAUUAUGAAUGGAGUGUCAAAUUUCAAGGGAAGAAUCAAGGACCUUCAACUGUUCAUCGAUCAACUUCAAGACGAUCAGAAGACGUUGGAUCUUCUGAAUAAACGAUUCGGAGUGACUCUUCCAGAUCAGAAAACUGCUCUUCUCUACCGUUCCGUUCUUGAAAAGAUCUUGGCGUUGUCAGUGGAUGCAGCGUAUCUCGUGAGAUAUGUUCGGAGUGUGAAGGCUGUUGCGGAGACUGGAAACUAUCAGGAAUUCAUGAAAUUAUUGAUUCGAUUCACUAAACUUUCGAGAGAUGGCAAAUGGAGAGAUGUCUGGAAUUCAUUGGAAAUGGCUACUCUUAUGGUGAAACCUUUAGAGGAUUCAGAAAACAUCAAGGACCUGAUUGCUCCAUUCCGAGGACUCAAUGAAACAGUGACGGGAAGUUAUGAGGAAGUGUUCAAUGCCCUUCAACAGAUCAUUGGAAAACACAGAAAAGGAAAGAAAAUUCAGGCAAAAUGUCAGUUUAUUGACCAAUUCUUCACUGGCCUCUCCGCUCAGAAUACUGUAUUGAAAUCACUCGGAAUCGAGGUGGCUGAAAUGAAGAAAUGGGUGGAGUCAACUGAGUAUAUUGAUGCAUUGAUUGAUGUGUUGGAGGCUGCUGGAACAUUCAAAAACUUGAAUCGUCUCUUGGAAUUCCAUGGAAAAUAUACAACUGUUGACAAGAAACCGUUGGAAUCAAUGGAUUUGAUUGACGACUUCAUUCGUUAUUUGGAAUCAUCUGGAAGAUGGAAUAGAAAGGUUAGUCUUGAUGUGGAUGAGUGA